AUGGUCCCCCUGGGGGCCGAAUCGAUGGCGGACGAGACGACUGCGGUCGUGCCGCACGGGGACCGGCGGCUGCGCGCGUGCAUGUGGGUGCGAGAUGGGAACGAGAACGUGCCGUUUCUGCUGUCACCGAACGAGCGGGAGAUUGUCUUCGAGGUCACGUCGCCCAACUUUGACGGCCUGGUGGCGAUGAUGAAGCCGGACGAGUCGUGGGUCGCGCGCUGGCAGGGCAUCACGGCGUUCGUCCCGGGGUGCUACGCGCUGCGGGUGCGAGGGACGCUGCCGGAGCAGCACCGACAGACGCUCGAGGAGAACGGCGCCAGAUACCACAAUCUCGACGACACAUCCGCGAUGAGGCCGGAGUAG